UUGCGCGUCGCUCCGUGCUGUGCCCUGACAUCGCGCCUGGUCAUCGCGUAGUGCGAUUUCCGUAAGGGCCCCGGGCGACGUUCGUCAUUUAUUUGCAACGUCGUACCGUAAUUUUACAUCGGCCGCGCGUGUGUUGUGCGGUGUCCAAAUCGGAUAAAUUGGACACGGUUCACGUAACCGUGCGACUUGUGUAAGUCCGCGUUCGGCUAUCACUGCCACCCGCCCACCGUUCGUUGCUGUUCCCGCACACCACGCCAACUAUUCCCGUCGCCACAUCAGCUGCUGCCGUCGCCGCUGAUAUCAACCGUCCCGACCGUGGCGUGUGUGCCGACCGAAGCGGAACAGAGAAAGAAGGAGAAUAUAGCUAGACUAUGAUGGAUUCAUUGCUAACAAAGUGGUGUUUCAUGCUGUGUUUGGUUCUGAUUGCAGAUUGCAAUGACCUAUUCGAAUUAUCGGCCGUCGUACCCAGGUACGCCAAACUGGGGGAGACAGUGGUGCUCAAAUGUAACCACACGGUGGUUGAAAACCAACUUUACAAGGUCCAGUGGACCAAAAGCGGUGACAAAUUGUUCCAGUAUAUCAGAGGACGUGUACCACCGUACAUCAAUCAUACAAUUCCUGGAGCAAAACUUGACUGGGGUCAAACAAAACCUUCAGAGUUGGCACUCAUGGACGUACAACAUGAUGCUUCUGGCCAAUACGCAUGCACAGUAACUACAGAAUCUCCAAUAUAUAGUAAAACAUCAGAAUCUCAUGAUCUUACAGUCAUAAAAAUUCAAAAUACCGAUCCUACGAUUGAAAUUUUCAAAGAGGUGUUUAACGUAGGAGAUAUCUUGGACGCCACGUGUACAUCAGGGCCUUCCAAGCCUGUCCCCGAAAUCACAUGGCUAGUCAACGGACGAAAGCCACCGGAUACCUAUAUGAAACCAAUCGUUAAGGCAUUGUUGGACUCCGCCUCAGCAAUGAGGCUCACAUUUCCGGUGUCGGAUAAACUAGGCGCCGAGGUUCAACUGACGUGUCUAUCCACCAUACCCGGAUUCCUAAAUCAUAAAGCUGACUUCCAUGAUUAUGCCGAUUAUAGGUCGUCCUCAGUCAUAGUGAGCGUGGCAGCCAAAUCUGAGCCCGUGACUGCGGGAUGCGGAAAAGAAUUUAUUAGCAUCGUCGUAUUUACAGCGACUGCCGCCGCCAUCGCCGCCGCUAUGUUUCAGACGUAAUUUACGAGACGGAUUCUCAAACAACAAUUCGACGGCAUGUGUAUGCGUGCAAUUGUGUAUAAUGUAUACAAUUCAAUGUAUAAAUAGUUAGUAUACAUUAUUAGUCAUACAUUUUACGAAUAUAUAAAUAUUAAAUGGUUUAAAAUUAUUCAUGCAAACGGGCACGCGAUUACCUUUGGAAUCGUAAUCUUGAAGAUUAUUUUACUGUUAUAAUACGUUGUGGUGACCCGCUGUGGAUGUAAACAGUGUACUGUUUUAAUAUUGUAUAGAAAAUUACAUAAUUUUAUUGUCUGCGUGUAUCGUGUAUACAGAUAUUUUUUGAUCGGCUGAAUCGAUUUCCUGAUCCUUGUUUGAAGGACAGCAGAUUAUUUUAAAAAAUCUAUACCAAUAUUCAAAUGAUAAUAUUUUUUAUCGUUAAAGCAUUUUCAAACCAAUCGUCCUUCUGUGUGUCACCAUUACGUUAAUAUACUAUAAUAGUUAUUAAGUUAACGUACGCGGUCUUUUUUUUUUUUUAAUUAUAAUAUUUUGUAAAUAAUAUUCUUAACUAACUAGACAAAGUUUUAAAUUCCUAGUAAAUGAGAUUAUAAACUUAACGAAAUCAGCGCUUCUAAAAUUGUUUCCGUGUCAAUUAAAAACGUAUUUGGUUUUUCAACGUCGAGUGAAAUAACGUUGUACACGACACAUACAAGUAUAUUAUAAAGAAAAAUGCUCUAUGCAUUUAAGAGCGACGUGCACGUUAAAUUACAGUUGAACUAUAUCAUAUAAUUUGACCGGAGGUUGUUCUUGUUACUUAUAACUUACUGCAUCGUUCUAAAACAAAAAUGCAUUUAUUUCGCGUUAAAUAAUAUUUUAUCAGAUAAAUCAUCCGAAGCGACAAAUAAUAAUUUAUGAGGGAUUAUUUUUGAAAAUCAGAAUUAUUGAAUAUUUCAUUUCUGUUAUUUAUUACUAUUUAAUAUACGUUCACAAUCAAAUUGACAAUACUGUAAUUGAAUUAAACCUUAUUGAGUAAUUAGAAAAAAAAGUUUUUAAAAUCAACCGGUAUUUCAACUACUUGUAUGACAUUCAAUAAUACUAUUGUUGCAAUCUCUUAAAUUUGCUAGGUAAUUUUUUAUUAUUGUUAUUAUUUAUUUUUAAAAUAAGAUAAUGCUGUCAAUUAUAUACGCAUAAAAAUCGCCUUUUUGAACGGUUACUGCGAAAUUUACCCUUUUUAUGUUAUACCUUGACCUAUCAUAAUAUAUAUAAUAUAUAUAUAUGUGUGUGUAUACGCUAUACAUUAUUGUGCUAUGUGUUUAGAUAAUUAUUAU